UGUCAACUAACAGCUCAACAAAGUCCAAGUAAUGACUCCAUCACCUCACCUCCAAUCACGACCAUCACAUCUCUCACCUCCACACAACCCACCUCAACCUUACACACAUCCACCAGCAUCACGGGUCCCACAAGAAGCCCAUGUCAGUACAGCGUUUUGAAGAGUGUGAAAGAAAAUGAAGCUCAUGUGGUGAAUAUCACCGGCUCUAAGGACCAAAUUUACACAAUCAGGAUAAAGGAGAAGCACAAUGAGAUUCGUGCUGAGCAAAUAUCUGACCAGACUGUCUUUAAAAUUCCUUUUGAAUGGUUAAAACCAUGCACUGUGUACAUCGUCAGUGUGGAUGACUGUAAACUCAGUGGAAACAACAGCUUUACUUCCAGUAAAAAAGUAGAAGCUCUUAAAAGAACUGUUGUGACAAGCGUGACAGAUAAUGAAGUGUGUUUGAAAGGAGAAUUCACUCGUAUUCAAUGGAAUCUGACUGAAUGUGUUAAAAUAACGGAGCAAAACUCUUGUGCACACACACACACCGUUGUACUGGACACAUGUAACUACACAAUGAAUGUUGAUCUGCCCCCAGUCAAGCCGCAAAUAACCUUCACUGAAACUAUUCCCUCUCAGUUUGAAUGGAUGAAUAAACCAGAACGAUGUAAUGCUGCACUGCUUAACAUCAACUGCAUCAAUAUUGAGAACAAAAAGGGCACAGUUUAUAGUUUAAAUACCCCAGUGUUAUUAUUACUAAACACACACUACAGCUGCACUGGAGAAUAUCCUCGUGAGAAACAACCCAUCAAGAGUCAUGAGCUCCACAUUCAGAUCAAAUGUGACUGGAAAAAGAAUGGGCGAUUUCAGCACCUAUCCAGCAGCUCAUUGGAAAUCUCCUGGACUUCACUCGAGGGAGAUCGAUGCUCAGGGAUUGAAUGGGACAGUUAUUCAGCCAGCUGCAAAACCCCUGAGAGACAUCCUGGGAGCUGUACACAAGACAGUGUCACUAGUACAGUCUGUAGUAUUACUGGAUUAUUGCCAUAUACAGACUAUACAUGCAGUAUUACUGGAACAGUUAACCAAACAAAUUAUGUAAUUUACACUGGUUACAGUACAACGCUUUCUGACAAGCCCAUUUUCAGAUCAGAAAUUGAAGUAACUCACCCUUCUCACAAUUCUCUUGAAAUAAAAUGUGAAAACAAGGGACCAAAGAUAGUCUGGAAUGGAGGAGAGGGAAUAUUUGAAGCUGAAAUCACAUAUAAUGGAGAGCCUCUAAUCACCAAACCCAAAACUAAAUGUUCAUUUCAUUUUCAAGAUCUUUACUACCUUACAACAUAUAAAAUUAAGAUUACAGCCAAGAAUAAAGAACAUUCAGCUUCCAUUACUUCUAAAGCUACUACUCAGUGUAAGAACAACCUUUUCUCAUUCCAGCCAAACUAUUGA